CAUUUCCAACUCCUUAACAGAUACAAUUAUGCUGAAGCUAGUUAUCGUCUGCCUGCUGUUCGCUGUCCAUACUCGCAGUCAACUACCCAAAAAUGAGCAGUAUCCGCCACUUUUCGAAGACUUGUUGAAUGUUCUGCAAGAAAAUCUAGCUUACGUGAACCGUCAGACACGGGACGAACGGUUCGGGCUGGCCGAAUACGAUUUUAUCAUUGUCGGCGCAGGUUCCGCCGGAGCAGUGGUAGCCAAUCGAUUGUCAGAAGUACCCACGUGGGACAUUUUGUUGAUGGAAGCCGGUGACGAAGAGCAAUUCUUAAUGGACGUUCCUUUGUUAGCCAAUAUGUUACAAUUCACAGAUGCUAAUUGGAAGUAUAAGACUAUGCCAUCGAAAAGCUAUUGCUUAGGUCAUGUAAAUAAACAAUGCAAUUUUCCGAGAGGAAAAGUUAUGGGAGGAUCAAGCAUAUUAAAUUACAUGAUAUACACCAGAGGUCACAGAAAAGAUUAUGAUGCAUGGGCUGAUUUAGGAAAUGUUGGUUGGAACUCAGAUGAAGUUUUAAAAUAUUUUCUUAAAUCAGAAGAUGCAAAUAUCACCCUUCAAGAUCAUGGUUUUCAUCAAAAGGGAGGCCUCCUCUCGGUAACAGAAGCACAAUACAAGAGUAAGCUAGCAAAAGCAUUUGUUCAAUCAGGAUAUGAAUUAGGAUAUCCUGUAAGAGAUUUAAAUGGAAAUAGUCAGAUAGGAUUUAAUUUUCAUCAACUAACAAUGAAAAAUGGAUUAAGGCAUAGUACCAAUGUAGCAUUCCUUCAACCAAUACGUAAACGAAAAAACUUGUUUGUAAAAAAAAAUUGCCAUGUAACUAAGAUAUUAUUCGAUGAAACUAAACUUAAGGCAAUAGGAGUAGAAUACUAUAAAGGGAAGAAUAAAUACAGAGUUUUUGCACGAAAAGAAGUAAUAGUUUCAGCUGGAGCUAUUAAUUCUCCCCAAUUACUUAUGUUAUCAGGAAUUGGACCAAAAGAUCACUUAACAUCAAAAGGAAUUAAUGUUAUACAAGAUUUACCAGUGGGUCGUAAUCUAAUGGAUCAUGUAGCAUUGGGUGGUUUAACAUACAUAGUCAAUGACACAAGUUCAAUAACAACCAAUAGAAUUUUAGAAAAUCCUUUCAAUUUACAUGAAUAUAUGAUGUAUCACAAAGGACCAAUAGCUAUACCGGGAGGUACAGAAGCACUGGCACUUUUUGACUUAGAUCAUCCAAAUGAUGUUAAUGGCCAUCCUAAUCUUGAACUAUUAUUUAUAAAUGGAGCUGUGAGCUCAGAUGAAACACUCAGAAAAUCAUUUGGAAUUGAUGAUAAAGUAUAUAAUCGUGUUUUUAAAAAAACUGAACAAAAAAAUGCAUUCAUGAUAUUUCCUAUGAUCAUGAGACCAAAAAGCAAGGGAUGGAUAGAAUUAAAAGAUCGUAACCCAUUUCGAUACCCAGCAAUUUAUCCAAAUUAUUUUUCUGAUGAAAAAGAUCUGGAUAUAAUAGUGGCCGGUGUAAGAAUAAGUGAACAGUUAUCAAAAAUGAAAACCAUGAGAAGUUUUAAUGCUAAAUUAUGGGAUAUUCCUAUACUCGGUUGUGAACAUCUUCAAUUUAAUUCAGACAAUUAUUGGAAAUGUGCAGCCAGACACCUAACAUUUACCAUAUAUCAUUUGUCAGGAACAUGUAAAAUGGGACCAACUAAAGAUCCUACAGCUGUGGUAGACUCAAGAUUAAGAGUUCAAGGAAUUAAAGGACUAAGGGUAAUUGAUGCUUCAAUAAUGCCUGAAAUAAUAUCAGCACACACAAAUGCACCAACUAUCAUGAUUGCUGAAAAAGGAUCAGACUUAAUUAAAGAAGAUUGGGGUGUAAUUAUUUGAAUUUGAUUAUUUAAAAUAAAUUAUCCAUAAACCAUUGUCUGUGAUAAACAUAAUGAACUAUUCUGUGGAUUAAAUAUAAAUUUUAAAUAUACUAUAAGUUUAAGUAUAAUUGUAAAUGCUUUUAAAUGAACACUUUAUUUAAAUGUAAUAAAAAAAAGAAGAAAAAAUUAUAUUUUU